CUUGCCGACCGCUCGCUCUCUCUCUGGAGCCGGGAUUCGGGAAUUAGACAGCUCCUGUCUCCCCGACAUCCAUCGCGGAAAUGGCGGCGCUAGAUUAGUAACCUGCAAAACGUAACAAGAUGGCGAGAGAGCUUCGGCGGCGUGAAAUGCAUCGAUGUGGACGUUAAGAGAUAAAAAUCAGAAUGGCCGAGGACGACGCCUUGACGCUGGCGUUAAUAAAUUAUUACUGCCAUCAAAGAUAUUUUCAUCACGUACAAAAUGCUGCUAAUGAGAGACUGAAGAAAUAUGGGAAUGAUCAAGUUCUUUCAUUUUUCCGGGCGUAUGGAAUUUUAAUGGAAGACAGGAUUCAAGAGGCACUACGAGAACUUGAAGCCAUUGAAAUUAGAGGAGAAGUUUCACUGUGUACUUUAAUAGCUCUAAUUUAUACUCACAAGAAAAGCUCUGAUAUUGAUAGAGAGGCCAUUCAGGAAUUGGAUGCAAAACUAAAGGAAGACCGUAAAACUGCAGGUCCAAAGGCACUUUAUUUUGCAAGUUUGUUCUUGUGGCACCUUGGCCGUAAUGAAAAAGCUCGAGAAUAUGUGGAGAGGAUGAUAAAAAUAUCCAAUGGAACAAAGGAGGGUGUAAUUUUAAAAGGAUGGAUUGAUCUUACAUCUGGUAAAGAUGCAUAUGUAAAAAAAGCCAUAAGACACUUUGAAGAAGGAAUGAAAGAUGGGAUAGACAUUUUUGCUAUGAUGGGAAAGGCAGAGUAUUUUGAAUUGCGGCAGAAUUUUUCUGGAUCUCUGGAAACUGUCAACCAAAUCAUUGUCAGUUUCCCUGGCUUUAUACCAGCAUUCAUUAAAAAAAUGAAACUUCUGUUAAACCUGCAAGACUGGGAACAAACACUGGAAGCUGCUCAGAGACUUUUACAGAUGGACAGAUAUAAUCUUGAUGCAAUAAGGAUGUUAGCACUUCAUUCACUGUGUAGAGAAGGAAAUCUGGAUGAGUCUGUAAAUCAUCUUACUAAACUUGUGGACACUUUGGAUCUCCUUGAGCCUCAUAAUCCUGAACUCCUGUAUAAGAUGUCCCUGGCUUUUACCAGAGUGUGUGGAAGAAAUCAGAUGAUCCUUUCACAGACUUGCAUCAUGGUUGAAAGAGCAUUUCACAUGGCAUCUGAUAAUGCAGAACUGGCCAAUGAACUUGGCUAUUUGAUGGUACUUCAGGGAAGACUGAAGGAUGCCUUAAAAUGGUAUAAAACUGCUAUGACACUAGAUGAAACUAGUGUUUCAGCUCUUACUGGUAUCAUACGAUUUCAGCUAACUGAAGGGCAAUUGGAUGAAGCAGAACAGCAACUUGAAUUCCUGAAAGAAAUUCAGCAAUCUAUAGGAAAGUCAGGGGAACUGUCAUAUCUACGUGCAGUUUUAGCAACAAAAAAGAAGUCCUCACAGGAAGUCAUUAUUCAUUUGCUCAAUGAUGCAAUGGAAACUCAUUUAUCUUCCCUUCAAGGAUUACCCCUGGGCGUUGAGUACUUUGAAAACCUCAACCCAGACUUCAUUUUAGAGAUUGUUAAGGAAUUCCUUAAUUUCUGCCCAGCAGAGUCAACAUCUGAAGGGCAGGCACCACCUUUACAUCUUAAGCAAUGUGCUUCUGUUCUGGAAACUGUGAUUAAGACUGUUCCUGGACUUGCAGAAGCUGUUUACUUAAUGGCAAAAGUACAUUUUUGUUUAGGUGAUAUAGCAUCUGCCAAGAAAAAUCUACAACACUGUCUAGAACAGAAUCCACUGCAUGCAAAUGCACAUCUUUUAAUGGCUCAAGUAUAUUUGAAACAGGGCAACUACAAACUGUCCUCCCAGUCUCUUGAGCUGUGCCUGAGCUACAACUUUGAUAUUAGGGAGCACCCACUCUAUCACUUGAUUAAAGCUCAGACUCAGAAGAAGAUGGGCGACUUCCAAGAAACUAUUCAAACCUUGAAAAUGGCUAUGAAUUUGCCAGGAAUAAAAAGAACUGGAAGCACCUCAAAAUUAAGAAAUAAGAUGGAAAUUAGCUCAAGUGAUCGUGUUUGCCUCUUUCUGGAGUUAGCAGAAGCCCACAGGUUAAAUGGGGAACAGCAUGAGGCUGCUAAAGUGAUUCAGGAUGCUAUCAACGAGUUCUCUGGCACCCCUGAAGAAGUGAGAAUUGUUGUUGCAAAUGCGGACCUCUCGCUGCUUCGAGGAGAUUAUCAAUUUGCACUUAAUAUGCUUCAGAAUGUGAGUCCUAAUCAGCCUUACUAUAUUCAAGCCAAAGAAAAAAUGGCUGAUAUAUAUCUUAAUCACAGAAAAGAGAAGAAGCUAUAUAUUAGUUGUUACAGAGACUUGGUGGAAAAGCAUCCAAGUAGUCAUACAUAUCUCCUUUUGGGUAAUGCCUAUAUGAACAUCCAAGAGCCAGAGAAAGCAAUUGAAAUCUAUGAAGACGCUUUAAAGAAAAACCCAAAGGAUGGAAUUUUGGCAAGCAAGAUUGGUAGAGCCCUGGUAAAAACUCAUAAUUAUGCUAAGGCUAUUAACUACUAUGAAGUGGCUUUGAAAAACAAUUGGCAAAAUUUUCUUCGUUAUGACUUGGCAGAACUUCUUUUAAAACUUAAACAGUAUGAUAAAGCUGAGCAAAUUCUCCAGCGUGCAUUAGACCAUGAACCAGCUGUAGACUUACAAGAUUUAACACAGGAUGGACGUUAUCUGGUUCUUUUAGCAAAGAUACAAAGCAAAAUGGAAAAAACUGAACAAGCAAUUUUUUCAUUACAAAAGGCUAGGGACGUACAAGCUCGAGUAUUAAAACGUGUUCAGCUUGAGCAACCUGAUUCAGCUCCAGUCCAAAAGCAGUUAGCAGCAGAAAUUUGUUCAGAGAUUGCCAGACACUACACAUCUCAAAGAGAUUACGAGAAAGCCAUCAGAUUUUACAAAGAAGCACUUGUUUAUUGUGAAACUGAUAAAAAGGUGAUGUUAGAACUUGCUCAGUUGUAUUUAGCACAAGGUGAAAUUGACGCCUGUCAGAUACAAUGUGAAAUCCUCCUAAAAACUGAUAAGGAUAAUGAAGCUGCGUCUAUGAUGAUGGCUGACCUCAUGUUUAGAAAGCAAGAUUUUGAGCAAGCAGUAUUUCACUUUCAGCAGCUCCUAGAACGCAAGCCAGACAACUAUCCAACCCUGUCACGUUUAAUUGACAUUUUAAGAAGAGCGGGGAAGUUGGAAGAGGUCCCCAGAUUCUUGGAGAUGGCAGAGAGAUAUUCCUCUAGAGCACGACUAGAGCCUGGGUUUAACUACUGUAAAGGACUCUAUCUCUGGUACACUGGUGAACCCAAUGAUGGACUCAGACAUUUCAAUAAGGCCAGAAAGGACAAUGACUGGGGUCAGAAUGCAGUGUAUAAUAUGAUUGAGAUCUGUCUGAAUCCAGAUAACAAUACAAUGGGAGGAGAGGUUUUUGAAAAUCUUGAUGGAGACAUAGGGAAUUCUUCUGAAAAGCAAGAAUCUGAACAGUUAGCUGUAAGAACAGCAGAGAAACUUCUGAAAGAGCUAAAACCCCAGACUGUAGAGGGUCACGUUCAGCUACGCAUUAUGCAGAAUUAUUGCCUUCUGGCAACAAGGCAAAAGGCGAAUGUUGAGAAAGCUCUGAAUGUAUUCUUAGAAAUUGCAAAUAGUGAGAAGGACCAUGUCCCUGCACUUCUUGGCAUAGCAACAGCAUACAUGAUCCUAAAACAGACCCCAAGGGCUAGAAAUCAACUUAAACAUAUUGCAAAAAUGAAUUGGAAUACAAUUGAUGCAGAUGAAUUUGAGAAAAGCUGGCUUCUGUUAGCUGAUAUAUAUGUUCAAUUGGGAAAAUAUGACAAUGCCAAUGAAUUGUUAAAAAAAUGUCUUCUACAUAAUAAGUCAUGCUGUAAAGCCUAUGAAUACCUUGGCUAUAUUAUGGAAAAAGAACAGUCAUAUAAAGAUGCAGUUCUAAACUAUGAAAUAGCAUGGAAGUAUGGCAAUCAGAGUAAUCCAACUAUUGGUUACAAGCUUGCCUUUAAUUAUUUGAAAGCAAAAAAAUAUGUUGAAGCCAUAGAUAUAUGCCAUAAGGUAUUGAAAACCCACCCGGAUUAUCCAAGAAUGAAGAAAGAUAUUCUUGACAAAGCACGUGCAGCUUUAAGACCUUAAACAGACUGUUGUCUACGACAAUGUGAGAAACAUAUUCCCUGCUAGGGUAUUAAUUAAAAAUUACACACAUACGUACACAUGCAAUCAUGUUUGCUUAAUAAAUUGCUGGUUUGACUAUUUGGAUAUACACUACAACGUCAAGUAAAAAUUUGCAAAAAUUUUCA